AUGACUCAGCAAGUUGCCUGUACAACGCCGAUCGCCCAAACAAAAGCGUCAUUCCCAGCCUCCCUCAUUAUAUCCAACCACCGCAAUUUCAAGGGUUCUACGUUGCUUGACUCAGGUCUGCGUCUCUCACCGUCGACAUAUUUGCUAGCAUCCAUUCCUCAUCGGAACCAUAGCACAUACCAAGUGGAGCUGAGAGCAACAUUCUUUGGAGAUACAAAAUCCGGGGAUCAACCUUCGAGGAGUUCCGUCUUGAGCUGCGUGCUCUUGACAGCUCUAAUAUCUGCCCACUAUGCCUCCUGUCCAACUAGUGGGGACUUCCCCGGUAUUUCUCUUGAGUAUAUUGUCGGCAGAGAGAACCGGAUCGCAAGUCAUGAUCUUGAUACUACCGACGGCUCCGUUCUUCCAUCUCCAGCAGAGGUUGUCAAAGCCCUGACCCGCAGAGCAGACGCGGCGAAGACAUACGUCCCCGCAUUUGUCCUUGGCGGCAUCUGGUUCUUCUUCUGGGCAAAGAAUGGUGGAUUCGUCUGGAGAAAAGGCGACUGGGAUGAAUAUAAAUCUACCGUUCUGCGACGCAAAGGCCCCGACGGACGGACCCUCAGUAAUGCCACGAAGAGUACGAGACUGGGUGGGGGCAGUAUCGUUGGCAAAGGGUAUAGCGACGAUGGGUACACGGUUGCCGACGGAUACACAGACACCGCAACGACGAUCACCGAAAAGGAGGAGGGAGACCACAAGCGCAAGCGCAGAUUCCGGGAGACGGCUAAACAGAAGCUCAUGCGCAGACGCAAGGACGAGAACUGGGAGGGCGAAGCCGACGAAGACGUGCGUGCCUACCGCAAGGAGAAACCGGCCCGGAUCGGCGGCAUCAAUUGCGAGGGGGACGGAACCUACCACGGUAGUGACUACGACACCUCCAACCCACCCACCUCCUACAAUGCGAGCGAGAUGAGCGAGGUACGCGACUACGCCUACGAGCCCGCGCGUCAGGGCCGCAAUUUCUCUUUCACCCCCGGAAGCGAGGACGUCCUGAGUCAGACGGCGGAGGAGCGCCAACACCUCCGCGAGCCAUCAGCGAGACGACACAAUCGUCGCCGAGAGAGACGUCGUGCUCCCCCGACCACCUCAUCGCGCCAGGGCAGCCCGCGCAAACGAGACCAUCAGUCCGUGCCAGGUCAUUACACCGAGCCUCUGGAUUUCUCGUCAGCGGGCUCCAGAUCCGAGUAUCAAUACUCCAAUGUGGAAACGGAUGACGGAUCGGGGACCAAGCACUACCAUCAUCCCAUCCCAGGACUCAGCAAGGGAUACCGCCGUGAAGGCGGACGGAGCAGACGACGGGACAGUCUGAGCGACAGCGACGGCGACGAAACGCGGUACUCGUGA